AUGACCACUAAUGGCCAAGAUCUAUCAUCAAAAGUUCAUGAGGCCGUCGUGGAGGUUGCGUCCGUGCGCAUCAUCAGUGAUCAUGACACUCUCAAGUAUCAUCUCCUCGGACCAUCCCUCACGAAGGCGGGACAGGACACAGUCGAUCAGCAAAAGGUUUCGGAGGUAAUAUACAAUGCCUCCAAAGGCUCUAAGUACUUCAACAACGAGGAACACAAAGACAAGAACCUCACACAGAAGAUCGAAAAGAUCCUAGCCCGCAAACGGCAGCUCGAGCGUGUCGACCUUGCUUCAGACCUCCGGCGCGCCGAUGAAUACAUUGCGGAGCUUGAGUUGUCUCGAGAUCUAAGUCAGACUGUCGUUCAUAUCGACUGUGAUGCCUUCUAUGCAGCGGUUGAAGAGCUGGACAGGCCGGAAUUUAAGCAUGUACCUAUGGCUGUUGGAAAAGGUGUCCUUACAACAUGCAAUUAUCACGCGAGAAAAUUCGGCUGCCGGAGCGGUAUGGCAGGCUUCGUGGCCAUGAAGCUCUGUCCAGACCUCAUCUGCCUACCCUUGAACUUUGCGAAGUACACGGCGAAGGCGCAGGAAGUAAGGGAGAUUUUGGUAGAAUACGACCCGCGAUUUGAGAGCGCCAGUAUCGACGAGGCGUACCUCAACAUCACGCAGUACUGCGAGGAAAAGCACAUGGAUCCUGAAGAUGCUGUCUCACAGCUGCGGAAUGAGGUCGCCGAGAAAACGAAAAUCACCAUAUCCGCUGGCAUCGCCGCAAAUGCCAAAAUCGCCAAGAUUGCUUCCAAUCGGAACAAGCCAAAUGGGCAAUUUACAGUCGCCAACGACAGAGCCACCAUCGUCGCCUUCAUGCGUGAUCUGCCCACCCGCAAAGUCAAUGGUGUUGGUCGAGUCUUUGAGCGCGAGCUCGACGCUAUUGGCGUAAAGACUUGUGGAGACCUCUACUCUCAGCGUGCCUACCUCUCCAAGCUCUUCGGAGAGAAAGCGUUCCAGUUCCUCAUGCAAUGCUACCUCGGUCUCGGACGUACAAAGGUUCAACCUGCAGAGGAUUACGAAAGAAAAAGCGUAGGGACAGAAAGCACGUUCCAUGAUAUGAGCGAUAAAACUGAACUUCGAGAAAAGCUUCGAUGGAUUGCUGAGGAGCUGGAAAAAGAUCUCACUCGCACACAAUUCAAAGGCAGGACGCUGGUCCUCAAGGUGAAGCUCCACACGUAUGAGGUCCUCACAAGGCAGGUCAUUCCUCCAAAGGCCGUCAGAACUGCGGACGAUCUUUACACAUACUCUCUGCCGAUGUUAACGAAGCACGAGAAAGAGAUACCCGGCAUGAAGCUCCGGCUCAUGGGCCUCAGAUGCACGCACCUGGUCAGCACUAAAAGGAGUGGCACAGACUUCUUCGGCAUGCGGCGCCCAUCGGCCGCAGAUGGCGAACCAGGCCCCGUAAACACAACAGUGGACGAUAACGGCGAAUGGGAGGUCUGGCCCGAAGAAGAGUUUGAAGAGGCCGCUAGACAGGAACGCCAGGACGAGAUGAACGAGCUGGAGCAACUCAGCCAAGAACAAGAUACGAACGGAUCAGACCCUCUCACAGCAGAAGAGCAGCUCGAAGAAGCGAACAGACGGCAUAAGCACGGCAGAGAGAUUCUACCCAACCCCGAUCCCACAUACAGGGGUCCAAAUAGCUCCGUCGGCUUUCAAAAGCCAGCUACAAAUCAUGUCCCGCCAGCUAAAGAAGAAGAACCGUUCUGGCCCUGCCCGAUCUGCGCUCGGCCACAGUCAACCAACGACAAAGACUUCAAUGACCACAUCGAUUUCUGUCUUUCGAAACAGACGAUCAAGGAGGCUGCGACGGAGACCUCGUCUUCGCCUCCAGCCUUGGAGAAGCCGCUGUUAGACGGGCGGGGGAAGGAGAAUAGCAAUAGCAAUAGCAACAGCAGUGGCAGUGGCAGUGGCAGGGGUAGGCCCAAGGGGAAGCGGAAAAGCGAGGCGGUGGGUGACAGGGGGAAUAAGAGGCUUUUCUUCGGAUUGCAGAGGACUUGA